UCAUUUCGCGAAGUUCUCGCUCUCAUUUGCUGUUGCCAUUCGCUGAUAUUUCCCACAGCUGACAAGUCAAGGAUUUUUAGGGUUGCACGUGCAAGUUUCCUGCUGGAUUUAAUAGCGAACGAUAUUUCUUUCUUAUGCCUUAUGAUUUGGAUGUGCUGACUAUCAACGUGUCAAAAAGCGACAUGUUUCCUGAAAUUAAUAAGUCAGCCAGGCCUGAGGCUUUCCCUCACCCUCACAGGUCUCAGGCAGAGAACACAAAAAUAGGACCCAACUGCACCUACGCACAGAAGUGCGGGACAGGAGUUGGCACCUUGCCCCAGCUAGAAGCUCCGGUCAAGCAAGUUUUGGUGACCAAUGGCAAACUUCUGCACUCAAAUGGAACCUUGCCCAGUAUUGUCAAACAGUUGGUGCAGAGCACUCAAGGGAACCAGGACGAGAGGCCAAGGCCACAGUUUCCCAAUCGUUUCGGUUCCUCGGUGGAAAACCUAUCAGAAUCCCUAACCAGGAGCAUCAUCAAUAAGUUUGAGAAGAUCAGGACAUAUGAGGGACAGAGGCUGCCGAUGUCUCCAACAACGGCACUGAAACACUUUCAGAACCAGCUGACAGAAUAUGAGAGGGUAGAGAUAAUGGACUACUCUGAGAUCUGGUACCUGGGUUUGGACACUAAGAAGUUUGAGGGCUCCCAGGGGUCACCGCAGAAUUCUGGCUAUGACGAUGAACAUGGCAGCUACAUCAAGGUCCUGCAUGACCAUAUAGGCUAUCGUUACGAAGUCCUGGAGGUGAUUGGGAAAGGAUCGUUUGGCCAAGUCUUGAAAUGUUUGGAUCACAAGACAAAUGAGAUGGUGGCCAUCAAGAUCAUUCGAAACAAGAAGAGGUUCCACCAUCAGGCCCUUGUGGAGCUAAAGAUCCUGGAUGCUGUGCGAAGAAGAGACAGAGAUAACUGCCACAACGUCAUUCACAUGAAGGAGUACUUCUACUUCCGCAACCACCUGUGCAUCUCAUUUGAACUACUGGGGGUGAACUUGUAUGAGCUUAUUAAAAAGAACAACUUCCAGGGCUUCAGUCUGGGGCUGAUCAGGCGUUUUGCCCAUUCACUGCUCAAGUGCCUGCAGAUGCUGCACAAAGAGAAGAUCAUCCACUGUGACCUCAAACCGGAAAACAUACUUCUGUCCCAGAGAGGACAGGGGAACAUCAAGGUGGUGGACUUUGGAUCAAGCUGCUAUGAGCAGCAGAGAGUAUACACCUACAUUCAGAGCCGCUUCUACCGUUCACCAGAGGUUAUUCUGGGUCACCCAUACAGCAUGGCAAUAGACAUGUGGAGCCUGGGCUGCAUUUUGGCCGAGCUGUACACUGGCUAUCCCCUCUUCCCAGGUGAGAGUGAGGUCGAGCAGAUCGCCUGUAUCAUGGAGAUAAUGGGACUCCCUCCAAAUGACUUUGUUCAAACAGCAUCAAGAAGGAGGUUAUUUUUUGAUUCGAAAGGAAACCCGAGGAAUAUCACAAACAGCAAAGGGAAAAAACGCAGACCAAACUCAAAAGAUCUUGCCAGUGUAUUGAAGACCAAUGAUCCUCUUUUCCUAGACUUCAUCCGACGUUGCCUUGUGUGGGAUCCCACAAAGCGCAUGACACCAGAUGAAGGCAUGCAGCAUGAGUGGAUACAUGAGGGCCGUUUGAACAAGCUUCAUCCUAAACCUCGGCCUCUGCGGAAAGACAAUGAGAACAAUUGUGACUUCACGUACCGAAAAGCAACUGCAAACAGGACAGCCAACAAGUCCGGAUCUGACGAAAAACUUAAGAGGGUCAGUGACAGUUCGAGCAAAGGAAGCAAGGCAGCAACAGAAGACCGUCUGCGUCCAAUAGGAGCCUCGGCUGUGGAGGAGAACGGCGAUGAAGGCAAAAAUGUGUGCCAGGAAAGCAAAGACAGCAAGUCAGACUCCAGUGGAGAGCGAUCCGUUCAGAUCAUCAUCAAACCUCAAACAGAAUCAAGCACUGAUUCAGAAGGACAAGAGCCGCAGUUUCUCCCCCCUAUUGUAUAAAACCCCAAAAUAAAGAAUGAGUUAUGUCUUCAUUGUGAUUUAUACAUCAGCCACUUGGUCUGGAUUUACCUAUUGUGCAGCUUAGACAGAGUUUGACUUUUGUUGUAUUGCAAGGUUAAAACGUUUUUUUUUUUUGUUGUUGUUGUUGUUAUUUGUUUUAGCUGUUUUUAACUUGCAAGUGGUCUGUAACUCAACUGAAAGCAUUAGCCUUUGUCUCAACAAUUCAAAAGAACUCUUAAGGCUUUGUUCAGAUAGGCAGCAAAAUUUGAUUUUUUAUUUAUUUUUAGGCGUUCAGUGUGAACAAAGCCUAAUUACAGUGAAAUAUUUUACAUUUAGUAAACAUUUUGGUGCUUGUUAUGGAUUUUUAAAGGAUUAUUAAUAUGAGAUUGUUUUGUAAUGCUGUCAUAUUUUCGCAGAGCGUAACGCUGUGUGCAUGUUUAUAGGGUCUAGUGUGCUUUAUCUCUUUUCAAUUUAUUUAAGCUUUUAGCAAUGACUUUAAUAGAUCUCGAGCUAACCUAGAGUACCAAAGCUGCUUUAUUGUGAAAUAUUACUGCAUGGAUUAAACAGUAUUUGUAUGUUUUGGUGCCGUUUGCCAGAUUUUUAAAAUAGUUACAUGAGAUAGUAGCUCCCUCUCAGUGCAGUUGUGAAUGAGCCAAAGAGAUUUAUCAUAAUCAUUGUUGUUCUUAAUAUUGCUACAACUCUAGAGAAACAAAUGUGGUCCUCUGACUAUAUCUGACCGAAAGCACCCUAGAUUAUCAAAAUGUGCGCAAUACUGGCAUGGCUGAUGAGGACGACAAUAAUCAUGUUGGCAGAAUUGUUGAUGAUUAUAAUUAUGAUGUGAUGUUGAACAAGUGGACAAUGUGAGUGUCAAGAAUGGGUUUAUUUUAUAGUUGUUGUUUGAAGGUGACUGAAAUUAUGCAGAGUUCUGUAAACUAGUGCUUCACUGUAUGUUUUAUACAGAUUUGAUAUACAACAGUUUAUGGAUUUGAAUAGUUAUUCUCCUGUACUGUAUAUAGAAUUCUUAAAGUAAAUACAAUGCACCCUAUGUGGAUGCCACCAAGUCAUGUAAACAUUAGACAAGGUUUUACUUGUUUUUAUAUUGUUUAUCUGUUAUCAUUUAAAAAUAGAGCUUUUUACUUACGUACACUAUCUAUCUCCCUUGGGUUUUCUUGAUCAUUUUGUUUAUGGAAUUUUCGAUGAAAGUCUUGGGUCAAGGGUGUUAGUGCUAGUACCUUUCAGUAUUAGAAUGAAAUAAAAUCAUUUGUCUCCUGAAUAAUGUAUGUAAUAUACUGUCAUAAAUAUGUAAUACUACAUUGAAUG